AUGGCAAAUUCUGUGUAUGUCACCAUUAUUAUUAUAGUUUUUUGUGUGAAUAACGUCUUUUCAAAAUUGAAGCCUAUACCUGAUUACUUACAUAUUUGUCAUCGCUCAAAUCCGGACAUUCCAAAAUGUAUUAUAGAAUCGGCAUAUUUUUUAAGACCUAAACUUGCAGAAGGAAUUCCCGAAUUCGGCGUCGCCCCUAUGGACCCAAUGUUAAUUAACACUCUUAUUCCAACGGAUGGGCACGGGCUGAAAAUAGAGACCACCAAUUUAUUAGUCACCGGAACCAGAAAUUUUACAGUUAGCCAUCUUAUAGCCGACAUAGACAAACAGAAGUAUAAGUUUCAAGUGAGAUUUCCCCACAUGCACAUACUCGGUAAUUACAGCAUCGACGGAAAAAUCGCAAGAAUGGUCAUCAAAGGUCAAGGAGAUUUCGAUUUGGACAUAUAUGGGGUGAAAUGCAACGUAACGCUACUGGGAAACGUAAUCGAUAUCGACGGUUUAAAUUAUAUACGUUUCCAUCACAUAUCACUUAGAAUUGCAAUAAGCAGAGGCAGUAUAGAACUAAGAAAUUUAUUCGGCGGCGAUAAAAACUUGGGUGAAAUACUCAAUAUGGCUAUAAAUGCCAAUUUCAUUAUGUUUUUCAUGGAGCUCAGGCCGAUCAUUCAAAAAGUGCUCGAAGAGUUCGUGUUAGACACUGUGGAAAAGCUUACGCAACACUUUACCUACGAACAACUGUUUCCAGAUUAA